CUGCGCCACACGCACGUGGUUUUGUGAAAUCACGCGUGUUUGAAUGUGUUGGAAUCGCGCGAAAACUAGUAAGCAGUUGCCGGAUGAGAAGAGCGGAAGGAUCGCUGAAAUUCCACGGAGAUGUCGGAAGGCUGCGGUGCAGAUUGUGAGGCGAAUGAGGAGACGGGAGGCUGUAGCGAUGAUGAAGUCGAGUUCGUUGGGGAUCAAAGAGAAGAGAAUGUGAAUGAAGAGCAGUCAGCAUGGUCUGUUCAUGUAGAAGAGCUUCAGGAAGCUACUGAAAGACCUGUUCUGGAAUAUAUUGAUUUGAUUGAUGAUGACGACAAUGAAGCAGAAGCCAGUACAUCUUUUUCUGUGAAAAGUCGACCUCGGCCAAAAGACCAUGUGGAUUGGCAGAAAGCAAGGGUCACUUGCACUCUUGAUCGUCUUGCUCGGCAUGUAGAAGUAGAGAAAAAGGAAAGGGAGCAGAAAAAUAAAGCAUUUAAGGAAAAAAUGGAUUCCCAGCAUGCACAUGGCUUACAGGAGUUAGAAUUUAUGCAAGAGCACCCUGAGAAGGAGGAAGCCAGGCGAUGUGUUGAUCACUGGUUAAAAAUGCCAGGUUUAAAGCCUGGUGUGGUCAAUUCUAGAUCCAGAAAUUCUUCUCAACCUGUCCCACAACAAAAUGUAAAACCAGUAAUGUGCCCAAUCAUGAACUGUUACCGGAUGUUUGAUAGUGGCCCUCUCCUGCUGGGUCAUCUCAAAAGAUUUGAUCAUUCUCCAUGUGACCCCACUGUUACUCUUAAAGGUGCCCCUUCAAUGUCUUACGCAUGUGUUGUUUGCUGUAAACGUUUCUCAACUGAACAACAGUAUAAUGAUCACCUUCAGACUAAGAUCACAUCACCAAAUCCUGAUGGCCAUUCCAGGGAGUUUUCUUGUCAGAACAUUCAGUGCUUUGCCUGCCCAUUUUGUUACUUACUUUUUAAUAUCCGGGAUGAGUGUUUGCAGCAUAUGGCUGCAAAAAACCACUUUACACAUUCACUCAAAAUAAGUGAUCAAGAUUCUCCUGCUCCUGUUCCUUUUCCAUCAUAUGCUAAGAAGCUGCUGUUCACUAAGUGUAAGGAAGUGCCUUUUCAAGUGAAGUGUACAGAGUGUGCAAAGAUACUAAAUUCUCAUGUGGAGGUCACACCGCAUUUUAGGACGCGAUGCAGGAAUGCUAGUCCCAUGGCUGUUGCAAGAAAAAGCAUUUCCCAGGUUGCAGAGCUAUUUGUAGUCAAAGGACACUGUCAAAAUUGUGGCAAACUCUUUAAAGUAGACAGCCACAUGAAAAACCACGAACUGUUAACUGGACACAAAACUGAGACGGUUUGCUCGGUGGAGAAAGCAGUUUUACUGUUCUGUCAUUUCUUUGAGAAAAGCCAGUCUGGUGCUGAACAAUUUGCACUUGGUGAGUCGAAACAAAAGUCCUCCUUGCUGAAGAGAUCCAUAAAACAAGAAGCUGAUAGCAGCUGUCCGAUAAGUGCAAAGCGAAGACGGGAGUCACAGUUUGGCGUGGAUUCUAAAAAGUUCAAUUCUGCUGAUUUUUGUGAACAGCCCCAGGCCAGCGUAUCUGAUCAAGUGGCGACUGCCUGGUUCUGUGAGUGCAGCCAGCGUUACAGUACAGAAAAGGCUGUAGAUAAGCACAUCAUGGCAGCCAACCAGAUAUUUUACAAGUGCAUAGUUUGUGGGAAACAGGCAGAAGAUCCUGCUGUGAUUGGGUUACAUAUGAGUCGUUUUCAUGGUGGCGCUCACUUGAAUAAUUACAUUUUUUGGUGCCAUACGUGCAAGACCGAAAUGCCCAGAAAAGAGGACAUCAUGUCCCAUAUUAUAGAUUGUCAUGGUGGGCAUAGUUUCUACUAUGAACAGGAGGUUGAAGAGGAUGAUCCACAACCAUCUACUUCUAGUUGUACGUCUGCUGCUCAUGAAGACAAUAAUAGAGUCCCGAUUGUUCAAUCAUGUGAUCAAAAAGGAGACCAAGGUACCACCCUCUCUGGUAAAUGGCAGUGCAGGAUCUGUGAGGAGCUCUUUGAUUCAGAAACGAGCGUCACUGACCACUGCAAAAAGCCAGAAAAACACAGCUUUCAAAAGUACUGUUGUGGCACCUGUAAGCAGCGCUUCCUUAAAGUCGAGACGCUUUACCGACAUUUUGAAGACAUGCAUAAUGGAGAUAUUAACAUCGGUUAUUUCUGUGGACUGUGUGACAGUUUGCUCUUUGACACAGAAGAAGAAUUCUCAGACCACUACCAGUCAUACCACAGCACAGACUAUGUGUUUUUGGCAGAAAGAAAAGAACUGCCAUUUAAGAACGUCGAUUCGGUGCAACCUGCAUCGUCGCCAACCGUCAAAGAAAGUAAAGAGACAUGUCUGUGCCAGGAAUUUUAUUACAGUAAAAGUGACAAGCAAAACGCACGCAAGAAAUGUCUUGACAAUCUGUUCCAUACGGGAAAAUUGCGUUUUUGUUGUAGAUUUUGUCCUGCGACGGCACGGAGCUCAGUAGCUUUUAAGAAGCACCUUCAGGAAAUACACGGAAUCACAGAGGCAGAUGGGAGUUUUUGUUUCAGCUGUGGUGCAUGCAGUGAGAAGUUAAAUACGGUUAAUGAAGCCAGACAACACUACCACAGAAAGCAUCUGUCUUGUCAUUCACCAAAUGCUGAAAAAGUUAAAAGCACACCUUCAGCCCCAAAUGACAAAUGCUGUCCUGACAGCCACCCUGACCGUCCCCAAAACGCUGUGGCAAAAACCCAAGGCGAGACGGAGCACAAAGAGGUACAGAAGAACGCAUUCGCUUCUGAAGAUUCUGAGCUACCGGACAUGGACUAUCUCAUGACCAUGACUCACAUCGUGUUUGUGGAUCUAGAUAACUGGUCGGCGUUCUUCCAUCGACUACCUGGAUACUUAAAUCAAGGCACAUUUGUCUGGGGAUUUAAAGGUGGAAAAGAGGCCUGGAAGGCACCAGAACAAAAUAAAGUGUAUAAAUAUCUUGUGAACACGGGUUGUUUCUUCCUUCAUCCCCAAUGCAGUGAUAGAAAGGAUGCAGCUGAUUUUGCUAUAUGCAUGCAUGCUGGCCGCCUGGAUGAACAACUUUCGAAGCACAUUCCGUUUACCAUCCUGUCGGGAGAUAAAGGAUUUCAAGAGCUGCAGCUUCAGUUCAAGAAAACAAUGAGAGUGGCGCACAUUUUUAAUCCCCAUGAGCUGGAAGGGGAGAUGUUAUGCGCUUUGUUAAACAGCAUUGCAGAUAACGUAAAAGAUGAUGAUAACUGUGAUAGUAAUACGAUUUCAGAGGAGGAGGAUAUCAGGAGAGCUCAAGAACUAAGUCUGCAGGAGAAGAAAGAUGCUGAUCUGGGGAAAACAACUGAUGCUGAAUUGGAAGAAGCUCUUAAGAGAAGCCUUGAGGAAAUGUGAACGUGAGAAGGGGCUAUAAAACAUUACGAUGUCAUGUGUGGUACAUUAUGUAGUGCAUGGUAACUUUUAUAUGUGUUUUAAUGUUAGGUGUCACACUGGUUUCUUCUAUGUUCUUCACUCUUUAAUCUUUCAUUUAAAGAAAUGUUUAUAUAACUUUUAUGUAAUAUAUAUUAUUUAAAAUAAAGUAUUUUCUUUAGUA